CCGCACCGCAUAAAGUGGCAGACGCGCAGUGUGUCCCGCAGCCUCUCGGGCCGGUAGCCACUGCGGAGAAGCUGCUCCGAUGCUCCGGAGCGGCCAUGGGCGCCCCGCACUGGUGGGACCAGCUGCGGGCUGGCAGCUCUGAGGUGGAUUGGUGCGAGGACAACUACACCAUCGUGCCUGCCAUCGCCGAGUUCUACAACACGAUCAGCAACUUCUUGUUCUUCAUUUUACCGCCCAUCUGCAUGUGCCUGUUCCGACAGUAUGCGACGUGCUUCAACAGCGGCAUCUACUUAAUAUGGACUCUGCUAGUGGUAGUGGGAAUUGGCUCUGUCUACUUCCAUGCAACUCUUAGUUUCCUGGGUCAGAUGCUUGAUGAGCUUGCCAUCCUUUGGGUUUUGAUGUGUGCUUUGGCCAUGUGGUUUCCAAGGAGGUAUUUACCAAAGAUCUUUCGGAAUGACAGGGGCAGGUUCAAGGCGGUGGUCUGUGUCCUGUCUGCAGUUACAACAUGCCUGGCGUUUGUAAAGCCCGCCAUCAACAAUAUCUCUCUGAUGAGUCUCGGGGUUCCAUGUACUGCGCUGCUCAUUGCAGAACUGAAGAGAUGUGACAAUGUACGCGUGUUUAAGCUGGGCCUCUUCUCCGGCCUCUGGUGGACUCUCGCCCUCUUCUGCUGGAUCAGUGACCGAGCUUUCUGUGAGCUGCUCUCAUCCUUUCACUUCCCAUACCUGCAUUGUGUGUGGCACAUCCUCAUCUGCCUUGCUGCAUAUCUGGGCUGUGUGUGCUUUGCCUACUUUGAUGCUGUCUCAGAGAUACCUGAACAAGGACCAGUCAUUCGAUUCUGGCCCAGCGAGAAGUGGGCUUUUAUUGGUGUCCCCUAUGUGUCCCUCCUGUGUGCCCACAAGAAGUCGCCAGUCAAGAUCACGUGAUGGCAAGGCAGUGGUUGACUUCCCUACCUAUUUCUCUUCAUGCACUGGGCUUCGUUUGCUAGCAGAAAUAGCCAAGGGGGUUGAAGAAUCAGUAUGGGUGUGUCUCUUUAAAUUUCUGUUCCUUUGGGCUCUUACUGGACCAUUGUGCCUAAGAAGGAGGGUCCAUCCUUUUUUCCAGGUUGGGAAACGAAGGGCUCAUGGACAUGAAGAGUGUCUUACUCAGCAUUCCUUCCAGUCACGUGAGCUUGAUGGGCUGAAUGUCAGUGGCAAAGUAGUUCUUUGGGAGACCCCGGGGUAGCCCAAAGCUUCUUGCUGGAGAAGGUGGCUUGUUGUAGAUCUCACCAUUCCCAGGCUCUCUGAUUACAAAGGAGUCAGCCCCUCUGAUACACAAGACCUUCUGAGUUUUGAUGGAAGGUGCCAGAGCAAAGUUCAUUUUGUGGGGAAAAAAUUGUCCUUCAACAAAACCAAGUGGACAAAAUGCUCAUGGGGGUUGUGGCUAAGGGAGGUGGCUCGUCAGUUGUGCCUCUGAGCUUUCCCAGGUUUUCCACGUGCUUGUGAAUCCUUCUACUACCUCCGCUGAAAGAUGGAGCCUUGUCUUCAGAGGGCAAAGCCAGUAACACCCUCUGUGCCAAAACCUACACUCCGCUUCAAGCACACCUUAGAUCCUGACGUUGUUUCUGCUCUUCCUGAAGUUCAGCAGCUUCAGACCCUCAGAGAACUUUUCUGGUGUGAAGAGUCCACGCACAGCCCCCUCAGCUUGCCACUUGAGCUCUGCGAGAGCACCAGGGACCCAUGUCAAUCACCGAGGCAGCUCUGGCUUUUACUGUGGCAUGUGUGAAGCUUUUGGAAAGUGUUUUGCGUUGGAAGCUUCCAAUAUGGUGUUACCUCCAAGACUCUGACCCCAUUUCUCUACUGUUUUCCAGGGCAUGUGGGCCUCCUGGGAAAUGUAGCCUCCUGGGGAUAUGGGUCUCCUGCUGUUGCUUUCCCAGUACCUGGUGCUAACAGGCUUCUCAGAGCACUUGAAGGUUGGCCCUUCUCGAUGCUGGGCGGUCACUGCACUCUGAUUGGCUGGUUGGGGGUCGCAGGUGGGGAAGGGGAAGAGGAAGACUCUGGCCUGAAUGUUUUCUCACCUUCCUCACACUGUCUUCACUGGGCUGUCUUGAGGGUAUGAGGUAGGAUGGGGUAUCUCAGGGAUGUUUGUAACUCAGGCGCCUUCUGCUUCCUGACAUUCCAUUGUGGGGAGUGGGGCAGAGCUCAGGGGGUGGGGGCCACACCACUGUCCGGAGUCUGAAGGAGCUAGCUGUUUCUAGCCCCUCCAGGAACUUUUACCCUGUUCAGAAUCUCACAGGGUCCAAAGGGGAAACUGAACUUAGGGUUUUUAAAUGAAUAGAUUUCAUUCUACUUUUAUGGCUUUGAAGCUUUAUGAGUAACUUGUAUAAGUUACACAAGUCAUCUGAUUGGUGAUUUCCAAGGCAGAAAUACUUAGUUUUGAGUGAUAAACUAACUUGAUGUAUGUUAUUUUACUGUAGCUUAACAUAUAUACAAAAUGAUUUUCAGUUGAAUGUUUGUGGUAACCUAGGGAUUCAUGUACCAGAACUCUUGCUGAGUCCUUUGAUUUUUGAGUCUAGAAUUUUUCAGAGGCAAAAAUCAAACCAUCCCUUAUUUCCAGUUCAUCUUACCAGGCAUGGGGUCUAUUGUUAUCUCUUUUACACUAUAUAGAUGGCCUGAAGAUGACACCUAGUUGCCUUAAUCUGGAAGGGCUGGCUGGGGCUAGAGAGUUGGUUCAGCAGUUAAGAACAUAUGUUGCUCUCCCAAGAACCUGGAUUUGGUUUCCAGCGUGCACGUGAAGCUCAGAACCUGUAACUCCAGUCCCAGGGGAUCCGAUGCCCUCUUCUGACUUCCGAGGGCACCGAACAUGCAUGUGGUGCACAUACCUUCAGGCAGGCAAAACAUUCAUACACAUAAUGUAAUAAGUGAAUACACUAAAAAGAUGGCUAUAGGAGAGGAUUUUCAGAGGCAAAGUUUAAUUUGUCCCAAGGGCCCUUUCAUGACAGUGCUGUUGUCCUCAAAGUCAGGGAAGAGUCAUUUCUUUUUAUCAGGGAAAGAAAUCUUUCCCUUGGGCCUCUACCGACACCCCUAGGAAUAGGGAUAAAAUAUUGAUGGAUGUGCUUGAACACAACUUGGUGAAAGGCAAUGAGCACUGACUCUGUGACUCAGUGGGCAACUUCUCCAGCCUUGUGCCACCGUACCUGGCUUGGGAUGGAGUUUAUUUGGGGGGCAAACAGAACUUUGUUUUUCUUCUGCCUGAGACAGAGCUUUGCUCUUUUUUUGUGGCUCGGGCUGGCAUGAAUACUCACAAGCCUCCAGCUGAUGGUAGCUCCCAGAUUCGGUCUUUCAAAUGCUCAGCGUGGUUACAGCAGUGAGUGGUCACACCCAUCUUAAACAGAAAUCUCUACAGCUUGCCAGCAUAGGCAGACUAAUCAAGGGAGUGGAUAUAUAUGAAUCUAAUUUUGAGCUGGGCUUUGGGCAUUGUUCAUAUUUACAUUAAAGCUCUACAUGUUCACAGGAAAUGGGAAGCUACAGAAAAGCAGCAGAAGAAAAGGGUCAUUCAUACCUCUAUUGCCUCAGAGUAUCCUUUGCCAGUAUUUUGGCUCUUGGGUGUGUUUCCUUCCUAUCCUUUCUGUCCGACUAUAGCUAUAAUUAGAUGUCAUUUAGAUCAUUUAUCCUUGAGUGGGAUACACAUGCCAGCGUUUUCAGGGAGAGCUGGCAUGGAGUACACUCGAGCUGACUUCCUCUUGGAUGCUGAUUGCUGGAUUCUGAACUCACUGCUGGAGCUACCUUUUCCGUGAAGCCUGACUCGAGUGGCCCCUGAGACAGGAAAUGAUUUUGGCUUUGUGACGUGGCUGGCACUUCACAUUCGGAUCUCUGAGCCAUAGUAAAUGGCUGUUAAAGCUGCAGCAUCGUGGAUUUUAACGUGUUGAGCAUGGUCAAAACAAGCUGAGUUCACUAGCUGAUGUGCAGACUAGAAUCUGCUUCCUCCUGGGAGAGUUGACCUUGAUGAGUGAUGUCAUGGCCACUGUUACCAGUGUGGAUGUCAGGCUCUGUUCUCUUCCAGAUUUACCUGAGAUCACCAGGCAUAGGAAAACAUGAAUGUGAUCAUCUCUGUCAGUGACUUUACAGUUUCCACCCAUCAUUGAGACUUAGAACUCUUCUUUCUUUAGUAUCCAUCCCGUGAUGCCAAAGCCAGCUCUUCAGAAGAGCUUUUUCAGUCUGCAUCCGUUUGUGUCAUGAUCCACAUGGGGGAAGUCGGUGCCUAUCCAGUGAAAAGUGCCUGAACCAGUCACGGUGGCUCAACAGUGUUGAGUGGAGGGACGAAGCUGGAUGGUUGUCAAAUGUGGGCUUUGUAAAAAUAGAACGCCACCCAUUCUGUUAACCAAGAGAUUUCUCAGGGGCCUGAAGCUCUCCUCACAGUCCUCCUCCCCCAGCCCACCCAGAGCCAGCACUGGGAUUUGAACCUUCUCUGGAUCUACUUCCCUCAGGUCUGACAACUAACUAUCUCUGGGGACAGGCAAGGCCUGGAGCUUGGCCACCAAGACCUCUCUUACAGCCUCUUUCUCCAGCUGAAACUGGAUUCUUCCAAACCAGGGCUUGACCUGGGUACUGUUGGUUCCACUGACCAAUGACACAUCUUUGGCCAGAUUGGAAUUCUCAAUAGAUUUUAUAGACACUAAUCUCCUACAGACUUUAAAACAUAGCCCUUGCUUUAAAAAGCUUAAAUCUUUUCCUGUCAAGUCAGAUUUAAAACUAUUUUAUAGCCACAAUAAGUAGAACAAGCAAAUAGAGUAUUUUCACAUAUAUGCCGUGUUUUUGUGUUUUAUACUUUAGGUAGGGUGUGCCAUGGACAGGUAGAAUGUACCCUGGCUGAGGUAGUAUUAAUCAUUGCUCUGGGGGGGGGGAUUUAUAGACCUUUUGCACUUUAUGCUUUAUUGUGAAAUCUGAUAACUAUGGUUAAUAUUAAAGCCAUUAACUGGCAUUUUCUGUGAAUAAACAUGUGUAUGUAUCUA